AUCAGUUUGUCGAUGGCACAGCGCGCAACUGGACGUACUUUCGCAUCUUGCCACUGGCAUCCAGCUCCGACCCGCGUUUGCCACUACUGUUGCUGCCACUCCUGUGUUAGCCCAAUCAGUACCAGUAUACCAGUGUUGGUGUCCCUGUGUGCGCGGCCGCUGCGGGUGUGUGCGUGUUGGCCAACUUUAAACGCUCUUAUCAGCGCGCGUGUGAAGCAUGAGCUUGGUGCAAACAAAGUUUUGGCGGCAUUUUCAAUUAAUGGCGGUGCCAGCAAAGGCCAUCGAAAACUGCACAAAAAGUAGCAUAAAGGAAAACUGAAAGACCAGCGUUAAAUGACUUUUUAAAUAAAUACAAUGCAGAGUGCAGACACCAGAAGGCAAUCGGAUGCGAAAUUUACUCCAAGGAUAUGAAAAUAGCACAUCAAAUGGGCCAUAAACACACGACAGCAAACGGAAGAGCUUAAAUAAACCAAAAAGAGUACAAAACAGCAGUAGCAACAAAGCCAAGUCGGCAACAAUCAACAGCACAAAAGCAACACUGCCACACAGAAAAACCUAAAAAGAAAGCACAAAUAAGAGGAAGUCGGAAAGAAAAGUGAAAGCCAAAAGCCGAAAUUGUAAACGCUCCGUGUAAACACUUGAAAGCUCGUUAGGAUAAUACAUCCUGCCCGGCACCAAGCACACGCUGGCACAAAAACCCAAAGCGCCGGGGAGCACGGGGAAGGUGGAGAAAGCGGGGAAAGCGGGGAAAGCAGGGAAAGUGUCACCAUGUGCCGUCCCGCGUGUCUGAGUGGCCGCCAGCUGAAACAACGGCACCACCCCAGAUACCCACCCAGCCACACAGACACACACAUGCGCCAGCAGGCCAUUGCCAUUGCCAUCGCCGUUGCAUAGUCGCGCUUCCGUUUCCGUCUACUCCUCAUUUCCGCUGCGGCUGCAAUUAAGCGGAGCGAAGCAUCCCGAAAAACACACCGAAUAUCCACAAAAUGGCGCGCGAGACCAGCUUUAAUGAUGCGCUCGACUACAUCUACAUAGCGAAUAGCGUGAACGACAGGGCCUUUCUGAUAGCCGAGCCACAUCCCGAACAGCAGAGCACCGAUGGCCAGGAGCCGGGCGAGGAGGAGGAGCUGGAGGACAUGGCGGUCACGGAGGAUGGACAGCUGGAGGACGCGAACAACAACAACAGCGAGCGAUACUACAGCUCCGCGAAGAGUCGGCCGGACUUCGUGGGCUCCCUGGCGCUGAAGCCACCGCCCACCGAACCGAGCACCACCGCCGCCGGCUCACCGCUGGCCACCGCCGCUCUGGCAGCAGCAGCGGCCAGCGCCUCGGUGGCAGCAGCGGCCGCCAGGAUCACGGCCAAGGCGGCUCACAGGGCCCUGACCACCAGGCAGGAGGCAGCCGCAUCCUCGCCAGCCCUCCAACUGAUCGACAUGGACAAUAACUACACGAACGUGGCCGUCGGCCUGGGCGCCAUGCUGCUGAACGACACGCUCCUCCUCGAGGGCAACGAUUCGAGCUUGUUCGGGGAGAUGAUGCUGAACCGGAGUGGCCAGCUGGACUUGGCCAACGGCAGUGCCGGGCUCAAUGUGACCACGAGCAAGGUGGCCGAGGACGACUUCACCCAGCUGCUGCGAAUGGCCGUCACGUCGGUGCUGCUCGGCCUGAUGAUACUGGUCACCAUAAUUGGCAAUGUCUUCGUCAUUGCGGCCAUUAUCCUGGAGCGUAAUCUGCAAAACGUGGCCAACUAUCUGGUGGCCUCGUUGGCCGUCGCCGAUCUCUUCGUGGCCUGUCUAGUAAUGCCCCUGGGAGCUGUAUACGAGAUCAGCCAAGGUUGGAUACUCGGCCCCGAACUGUGCGAUAUCUGGACCUCGUGCGAUGUCCUCUGCUGCACAGCCUCGAUUUUGCAUCUGGUGGCCAUCGCCGUGGAUCGCUACUGGGCGGUGACCAAUAUUGACUAUAUCCACUCAAGGACCAGCAAUCGGGUUUUUAUGAUGAUCUUCUGCGUCUGGACGGCCGCGGUGAUUGUCUCCCUGGCGCCCCAGUUCGGUUGGAAAGAUCCCGACUAUCUACAACGCAUCGAGCAGCAGAAGUGCAUGGUAUCGCAGGAUGUUUCCUAUCAGGUAUUUGCCACCUGUUGCACAUUUUACGUGCCACUGCUGGUUAUCCUGGCGCUGUACUGGAAAAUCUAUCAAACGGCCCGCAAACGCAUUCAUCGCCGACGACCGCGACCCGUCGAAGCGGCGGUCAAUAAUAAUCAGCCGGACGGAGGUGGGGCAGCAGAUACGAAGCUUAAUCGACUGCGUCUACGGCUCGGCCGAUUCUCCACGGCCAAGACCAAGGGCGGAAGUGCCGGGGGCGUCUCGGGACCCGGAUCCGGGGGCAGGGCCCUGGGCCUCGUUGAUGGCAACUCGACGAACACGGUCAACACCGUCGAGGACACCGAGUUCAGCAGCUCGAAUGUGGACAGCAAAAGUCGGGCCGGCGUCGAGGCGCCCAGCACCUCUGGCAGCCAGAUAGCCACCGUGUCCCACCUGGUCGCGCUGGCCAAGCAGCAGGGCAAGUCCACCACCAAGUCCUCGUCGGCCGUCAACGGGGCGGCCACAUCGGGCCAGGGGGAGGAUGGGCAGAUGGGCAGACCAGAACGGGAGGAGCAGCAGGAGGAGCACGGGGACCCAGAGGAGCACGGUGACCAGGAGCAGCAGGAUGGCCCACAGCCCGUAACCGCAACAUCAGCAACGCCAGCGGCCGUGGCCGAGGACCAGUGCAAGGCCAACGGGGUGGAGGUCCUGGAGGAUCCGCAGUUGCAGCAGCAGCUCGAACAAGUGCAGCAGCUGCAGAAAUCAACGAAAUCCGGCGGAGGAGGGGGCGGGGCCACUACGUCGAAUGCCACCACAAUUACGUCGAUAUCGGCGCUAUCGCCACAAACACCGACUUCCCAGGGAAUCGCCGCCGCCGCCGGACCGAUGACGGCCAAAACCAGCAUGCUGACGAGCUGCAACCAGUCGCAUCCGCUCUGCGGCACCGCCACCGAGUCCCCCUCCACCCCCGAGCCACGCCCCCGGCAGCAGCCGCCCCCUUUGCAGCAGCAGUCGCAGCUCUCGAGCAUCGCCAAUCCCAUGCAGAAGGUGAACAAGCGGAAGGAGACGCUGGAGGCCAAGAGGGAGCGCAAGGCGGCCAAGACGCUGGCCAUCAUCACCGGCGCCUUCGUCGUCUGCUGGCUGCCCUUCUUCGUCAUGGCCCUGACCAUGCCCCUCUGCGCCGCCUGCCAGAUCAGCGACAGCGUGGCCUCGCUCUUCCUCUGGCUGGGCUACUUCAACUCCACCCUCAAUCCGGUCAUCUACACCAUCUUCAGCCCGGAGUUCCGUCAGGCCUUCAAGCGCAUCCUCUUCGGCGGCCACCGACCAGUCCACUACCGCAGCGGGAAGCUCUAGAUAGUGCAUGCGAAGAGGCGAAGACGCUUCUGCUAAACCGACAAGCGGAUGUUGAUCUAACCUCUUCGGCUAUAACCAGCGAGGAUUUACGCAUCUUGUAUACCAAAGGACGAUAAAAGGAUAAAGGACGA